GCGGGCCAGGGUGAGCGGAGCCGCCGCCCGCAGCAGCGGCAGCAGCAGCAGCGGCAGCAGGAGGGGCAGCGAUGGUGCCGGCCCCGCUCCCCCCCGCAGCCGCCGCCACCGGGCGAGGGUAGCCCUAGUUCCUGAGAGUGCACCAAAUAUUGGAUGCUUGUGGUAAGCCAUGGCAGCUGAUGAUAAGGUUGCCAUUUUAACCGACGAUGAAGAAGAACAGAAAAGAAAGUAUGUGCUUGCUGAUCCUUUCAACGGCAUUUCCAAGGAUCAAGACUUGCAGCCCCAGAAUGAAUCCCCUUCGACAGAGACAACCACUGUCCCAGAUGAAGAGCUGGACUGGUUAGAAAAGCACUGCGUCAAAAUAAACAAUGAUCUUCUGAUCUCGAAGGUCUUUUAUUUUUUCUUCUAUUCUGCAUAUGGCUCUCUCUACCCCUUGCUGCCUGUGUAUUACAAGCAGCUGGGUAUGUCACCCAGUCAGAGUGGACUUCUGGUGGGCAUCAGGUACUUUAUUGAGUUUUGCAGUGCUCCCUUCUGGGGAGUGGUAGCAGAUCGCUUCAAGAAAGGGAAGAUCGUCCUUCUCUUCUCGCUUUUAUGCUGGGUGUUAUUUAACCUGGGGAUUGGAUUUGUUAGACCAGCCACCUUAAGAUGUGUACCAAAGGGCCUUCCCCCAGCACAUCCCACCAAUGCAAGCAGCCUUUUAACAACCAUUUCGCAAAACGCCUCAGUGUCAUCUCUGCUAACGACCAUGAGUACUGCAUCACCCAAAGUUCGUGGGAAGAGAGACCUGCUGACUUCUAGUCCCGUCACUCUGGGAGCAACAGGGACUGCUACUUCUGAAAUAACAUUCCUGUUACCUACACAGAGCAAUGACAUGGAGUUUGCCUUGGAAAACAGUACCCAUCCUAUUUUGAAAAACACCACUGCUAGUCCAGUCUCACCAGGGAACAUGACUCCAAGUACCACUCCAGCUGCCAUCACUGCAAAGCCGAUGCCUUCUGACCAAGCCAUGCUCGUUUAUGAUCAACAAGAAGUAGAAGCCAUCUUCCUACUCAUUCUGCUGGUUGUCAUAAUAGGAGAAUUUUUCAGUGCUUCCUCUGUUACAAUUGUGGACACUGUAACUCUGCAAUACCUCGGCAAGCACAGGGACCGGUACGGACUGCAGCGUAUGUGGGGGUCUCUGGGCUGGGGGCUGGCCAUGCUCUCCGUGGGAAUCGGCAUCGACUAUACCCAUACAGAAGUUGUCAUUGAAGGUCAAGGAUGUAAAGCUCCUGAAUACAAGAACUACAGAAUAGUUUUCAUCGUUUUUGGUGUUCUGAUGACAAUGGCGUUAAUUGUGGCCACCCAGUUUCGAUUUCAUUAUACGCACUUCAAGCAAGAUGAAAACAAGAGGAAGGAGGUGGAAAUAUCACAGGUGGACAGGAACGCCUCCAAUGAAUCCUCCGACAACACUCCUACAACCAGUAUGAGCCAGUCGCAGUCGUUCAGUUUUUGGGACCUCAUAAAACUGCUUUGUAGCAUCCAGUAUGGCUCAGUGCUCUUCGUGGCAUGGUUCAUGGGCUUUGGAUAUGGCUUUGUGUUCACCUUCCUCUACUGGCACUUGGAAGACCUGAAUGGCACCACUACUCUCUUUGGAGUUUGCUCUGUGCUCAGUCAUGUGUCUGAGCUGACUGCCUACUUCUUCAGCCACAAGCUGAUUGAAUUGGUUGGUCAUAUCAGAGUGCUGUAUAUUGGUCUUGCCUGCAAUACAGCUCGCUACAUUUACAUCUCAUAUCUGGAAAACGCCUGGACCGUCCUCCCAAUGGAAGUACUUCAAGGUGUCACGCAUGCGGCCAUAUGGGCAGCCUGUAUUUCGUACCUGAGCGCAGCAGUGCCCCCAGAGCUGCGGACCUCGGCCCAGGGAAUCCUGCAAGGCCUCCACCUGGGCCUGGGCAGAGGAUGCGGGGCUAUGGUUGGAGGGGUAUUGGUCAAUUAUUUCGGUCCUGCUGCCACAUUCAGAGGAAUAGGAAUGGCUUGUUUAGUGAUUCUUCUUCUCUUUGCACUGAUCCAGUGGCUGCUAGUUCCUGAUGAAGAAGAAGAAAAGACGAUGCUGGCGGAAAGGAUCCCAGUGCCUUCCAGUCCUGUUCCCAUAGCGACCAUUGACCUUGUACAACAGCAAUCAGAAGAUGUCAUGCCUCGGACUGAGCCCAGGCUGCCUCUAAAGAAAACUAAACACCAAGAAGAACAAGAGGAUGUGAACAAGCCUGCCUGGGGCAUCAGCUCUUCUCCUUGGGUCACCUUAGCCUAUGCUGUCUACCAGAUAAAAGAGAUGGUUAAGCUCUCCAAAACCCAUCCAAUACCUGAGAAUCAGCCUUUGCAGAAAAUCAAUGAGAAUUGCAGUACUUCAUCAGCCAGCUCAGCAAGACAACCACAAAAUGUGCCAGAUUCUGGGCAGCCCAGAAAUAGUUUGACACCGACAGCGACACCCGAUUCCCAGGCAGACGGCGGCCGCGUUGCGUUGGACCACGACGCUCAGCCUGCCGCCGCAGGGCCAUGAGAUGCGCUCAUCUUAUCCACACCAGUGCAUGGAAUUCUGCUUCUCACCUGGGGAACGCUGGAGUAGGAGCUCAAAAGUAGGACUUCCUUCAUCUUAAUGAUCGUAACGUGGUGCAGUGCAAGCUUUUAACUGUAUAAACAAUAUUCGUAGGACUACACAGAGCAACACAAGCAGGGAAGCCAAAAGUUUGGAAUGCUUGAGGGAAGUGAUGUGGCUGGAUCUAACUGCAGGAAGAACUCUUGGCUGCUUUGCUAAAGCUUAGUCAAGCGCUAUGAGAUUUCUUUGCAAUCUGUAGAAAAAGGGGAGUUCGCUCUUUACUCGCUGAGGCCAGAGUGUCUGACUCUAUCAGCUUUUUUUUUUUUUUUUCCUUUGAAUUUGUUUCUGAGACAAAAUGAAAGACUUUUUAGGAGAGAAACUGAGUUUCCCUGCAUAGUCUAUUAAAAAUAUUGGAUCCAAUAAAUAUAGGAACAGCA